CUUUAUCAUCCAUUCACCAAAGUUAUAUGCAUGGAAACAAUCAUUGUUCCAUCCCACAAAAACCUUAAUUUCACUCUAACAACUUAUCUCCCUCUCAAUCUUUAACCAUGGAAGACCAACCAUCACCACUUCCACCAAAAACAUACAAACUAACAGCAACUUCAAUCUCUUACUCCAAAAACCUACAAACAAACAACACUAUCAUUGCACCAUUUCUCUUCUUCAAAAACUGUGCACCAAUUCCACCAACUUACAUCCUCAAAGAUGUUUCACUCACAGCAUACCCUUCUGAGAUUCUUGCCAUUGUUGGUCCAAGUGGUGCAGGAAAAUCAACUCUUUUAGACAUUCUUUCAGCUAGAAGAUUACCCUUAAGUGGAACACUUUCCCUUAACUCUUCACCUAUUAAUAACCCUUCAACAUUCAGAAAACUUUCUGCUUAUGUUCCUCAACAUGAUGCAUGUUUACCUAUGUUAACUGUUUCUGAAACUUUUGCUUUCUCUGCUUCUCUUCUUAAGCCGAAAACUAUCGAUAUUGCUUCGAUUGUUUCGUCUCUUUUAAACGAGCUUAGACUAACUCAUUUGGCUAAUACAAGGCUUAAUCAUGGUUUAUCUGGUGGCGAACGUAGAAGGGUCUCGAUCGGACUAAGUCUUCUUCAUGAUCCUGCUGUUUUGCUACUUGAUGAACCUACUUCUGGUCUUGAUAGUUCAUCUGCUUACAAAGUCAUGCAAACUCUUAAAUCAACUUGUGUUUCAUAUAAUAGAACAAUUGUUCUUUCAAUUCAUCAACCAAGUUUCAAGAUUCUCUCUUGUAUUGAUAGAAUCUUGCUUCUUUCAAAAGGAACUGUUGUUCAUCAUGGAAGCUUAGCUUCACUUCAAGCAUUUUUGCAUUCAAAAGGUUUCACUGUCCCUCAUCAGCUUAAUGCAUUGGAAUAUGCAAUGGAAAUAUUGAACCAAUUGAAUGAAAUUAAACCAAUGAUUACUCCUCCAACUCCACCUGAAUCACCUGAACAAUCCUCACCAGAAAAAUCUAAAUCUACUAUAGGUUGUAAUUCUCUGUCUGAAAAUAUUGGAACUAGAACUAAAAAUAGAGAAAUCAGGUACAAAAGUUCAAGGAUUCAUGAAAUUUGCACACUAUAUAGAAGAUUUUGGAAGAUCAUAUACAGAACAAGACAACUUCUGUUAACAAACACAGCAGAAGCACUUCUUGUUGGUCUUGUUUUAGGAACAAUUUACAUCAACAUUGGAUUUGAUAAAGAAGGUAUUGAGAAAAGGUUUGGUCUAUUUGCAUUCACUCUUACAUUUCUACUAUCUUCAACAACUGAAACACUUCCAAUCUUUAUCAAUGAAAGACCAAUCUUGUUAAGAGAAACAUCAAGUGGUGUUUAUAGGCUAUCAUCAUAUCUUAUAGCAAACACACUUGUUUUCUUACCAUAUUUGCUAGUAGUAGCUGUUAUUUACUCUAUUCCAGUUUAUUUCUUGGUUGGUCUUUGCAGUUCUUGGAUAUCUUUUUCUUACUUUGUUUUGGUCAUUUGGGUGAUUGUUCUUAUGGCAAACUCAUUUGUUCUGUUCUUGAGUUCUUUAGCACCAAACUACAUUGCUGGAACUUCACUCAUGACAGUGCUACUUGCAGCAUUUUUUCUGUUUUCUGGUUACUUUAUCUCUAAGGAUUGUUUACCUAAGUAUUGGCUUUUCAUGCACUUCUUUUCUAUGUACAAAUAUGCUCUUGAUGCACUUCUUAUCAAUGAGUAUUCUUGCUUAGUUAAUAGGUGUUUUAUAUGGGUCCAAGAGAAUGAUCAAGAAUGCAUGAUCACUGGUGGUGAUGUGUUGCAGAAGAAAGGGCUCCAUGAAGGACAAAGAUGGAUUAAUGUUUACUUCUUGAUUGGAUUCUUUGUGUUUUAUCGUGUGCUUUGUUUCUUGGUUUUACUUAGAAGGGUUUCAAGAUCCAAAACUUGAAGUCCUAGAAGUGAAAAUGGUUAGCAUAUUUAAGAAUUUUCUUCAGUUGAGACAUCAUCCAAGCCAUUAAUCACGCUAUGAUUUAUGUUCUUGUCUCCUUAGAAAUUAAGGACACAGUAGUACGACCUUACUUGAACAGGAUCUGUUCGAUAAGAUUGUUACUAUUGUGUCCUUGAUUGACGGGAACAUAAAUCAGAGCAUGAUUAAUGGCUUGGACAAUUUCUGAUCCUUCUUUGUGUAUGAACUAUUGAACUAGCUAGUUUUGUUAUUUCAUCUGAUUUCUAUAAAGUACAUAAAUGUAAUGUAACAGAUCUGAAAUACAUGCAUGCAGCCAGAAGGAAAGUUUGUUUUCAAA